CUGAGAAGAGCAGCAUCAAGAGUGGCACAUAGAAACUCACAACCAGGACAACCAACAACCGACCCACCAAACACAUCCCCUCAUCAGGAGCAGGUUGGCUGGAGGUCAUGGAGUGGAGACUGGCCUUACUGCUGUUCUCAGGUUUUGUCAUGGAGUGUAUCCCUCAUCACUUCCACUUUGUGGACAUGAGUAAGACCUGGACUGAGGCACAGCGCUACUGCAGGGAACACUACACUGACCUGGCCACCAUUGAAAACAUGGAGGACAUGCAGAUGAUGAUGGACACUGCUAAAGAUUAUGAGGGGACAGCCUGGAUUGGGCUGCACCAGACUGCUGUCUCCAGCUGGAAGUGGUCGUCAGACAAAUUUCAGCUGGUGAAGAAGAAUCUGACCUGGACAGAGGCCCUCAUGUACUGCAGACAGCACCACAUGGACCUGGUCUCCGUCACCUCCCCUGAGAUCCAGGGCUGGGUGAUAGAGGAGGCUAAACGGGCCUCCACUGAUCAGGUGUGGCUGGGCCUGCGCUACCUGUGCCCACUGAACAUCUGGUUCUGGGUCAGUGGAGAGACCGUCUGCUGGGAGAACUGGGCUGAGGAGAGAGAGAAGGAGAACAGGAGGGAGGGAUGCGGUGGACAUCAGAGAGCAGGAGCGCUGCAGUCUGGAGGGGAGUGGGUCAGCCUGCCUGACAGCACCAGACUCAACUUCAUCUGCGCUGCAGGAGAGAUGAUCAACAUAAACUGCCCCUUGUCGAAGAGAAGACAGUUUGUGAGAGUGGAGCUUCAAGUUAACUCCUCCUCCCUGGAGGUGAACACCCCUGAGGUUCAGGAAGUCCUCCUACGUCAGAUCAAAGUGAAACUCCAGAAGAACGGGCUUCCAGAAGGUGCCAAACUGAGCUGGAUAAAGCAUCCUGAUGGACAGAUUUUCCAUGAGAAGAAUGAGAACGGAGAGAAAAAAGAGGGGAGGAGCAAAGAUGAGUUUUGA